CGCGCGCUCGGCGGCGGCGACAGCGCCAGUGCCCGCCGUACCGCCAUGUCCGCCGCUCGCCUGUCUGUGUGUCUGCUCCUGCUCGCGCUGCUGGCCGCCGCCGCGCCCGCGCCGCGCGUGCGCCGCCAGCUCGCCGAUGACAACGCGCUGCAGCCCAUCGACGAAACGGGCGAGGAGCAGGCGCGCGAGAAACGCAAGCUGGAGGGAGUCACGCAGGCCAAGUUCGGUGUCAAGAACGCAGUCCUUGGGUUCGUCUUUGGCAAAAUCAACUCGCUGAUCGACGCGAAGACUCGCCUCGUGGAAAAUUUAGACAAGAAAAAUAUCGAGCUGAACAAACAGUACGGGAUUGAAGCCCCUCAGAACGGGCUCGCUUCCUUAACCAGCGUCGUGGGACAAGUGAUCGGACCGAAACUGCAGUUCCUCGCUCCCAAGCUGCAGGCUGCGUCGGGUCUACUGGGCGGGCUGUCGUCGGGCUCUAGCGGUAGCUCGGGCGGCGGCUCCGGCUCGGGCUCCGGCCUCGGCUCCAUCCUGUCGCUCGUGACGUCCCUGUCAGGCUCUUCAUCCGGCGGCGGCGCGGGUGUCUCCGUCGGCGGUACUGUCGAGACCAUAGACUCUGAUGAGGACGACUCAUAUCGGUUAGCUCGUGUCGAGUUGGUUGUUGCACGUCGUCUCUGCGCCCGCGUCGCCGCGCGCGGCGGCCGCCGGUCGCGCCGCCUGUACAGUCCGCGUCGCGCCACACCCUGUAUUUAUAAUGUAAAUAGUGUUAGGGCGGCCUCCGCGGCGAAGACUGGCGUUAUGUCGCCGCGCCGCCUGCUCAGCACGGCUCGCAGCACGGCGCGCAGCACGGCGCGCAGCACGACGCGCAGCACAGCGCCCAGUACGGCGCCCAGUACGGCGCCCCGCGAGAGCCGCUCGCGGGCUACGAGGCUGCAGCGCCAGGCGAGCCCGAAGCCUACGGACGAUAUACCAGUGUUCGACCGGAACAAGGUCAGCCUGGACUUCCCUGGGAACCUGUUUGGACCGUCCGUGUCGCUCCUUAUCAAGACCACUAAGAUCAUCGGAGACGUUAUCCAGAACUCAGCGGUACGGUAUCAGACCUUCCUACGCCUGUUCCGGCCGCUGUUCCGCGGGCCCUUCGAAAUCAAGGGCCUGGACCCGCCGACCACCACCACGACCACCACCACCACAACCACUACGACUACAGCUGCACCGCCAUCUUCAGACAAUGAGAUACGUCGUAGAUAAAAUUUAAUAUCUACUACGUACUUAAUUUUAGCCCGUAAUACAUAAACAGUAUAAACGGGAUUGAAACUAAAUUUUACUGUAGCGAAUAUAAUAUAGCGCAGUAAUAGGAGCUUCCAUAUGAUUCGUAUAAAAACCUUAAUUAAGCAGAACAAAAUCCAUAGAAUUGAAGCAUAUUCAUAUUCAUUGUACAACACGUGACGAAAAGCAUAUAAAACAUAUUUUACAAAAAAAUGUUGUGACCGUCUUUGAGAAAUUUUUAAGAGAGAGAGAGAGAGUUUUCUAUAACACAAUCCAGUCAUAAGAUUAAAAAAAAGAUUCACUAGAAAAUUUCCGGGAGUAUUAAAAAUUACUCUUUCAAUACAUUUUAGGAGCUCUUUUCCAUAACUACGUAUGAAGUCAAUUAGUAUUAAAACUUACAAGCAUAGGUAAAGCUUCGUAUUAUAUUUGUCUUCAAAGUAUUCGUAUUAAGUAGUUGUAUGAAAUAAUCAAACAGUUUGAAUAGUUUAAUUUUGGGAACUAGUCUUUUGUCUUUUAAUAACAUUAUACAAUGAAACGGACACAAUUAUUGCAAAUUUCUUAUUCACAAGAUUGAUGCCGUGAACUUAUCAGGGGCUUGUUAUGUAAAAUAGCACGGGAUUUAACGACAGUCGAACAUUUUUACACUCUACUCGUUUUCCUUUUAGUUACUUGAAAUAUAAGGGACAUCGUCUUAGGGAAAUACAGACCUUCAGAUUUUUUUUUUAAAGUCGCUGUCGAAAUGCGCACUCUCAAUGUUUAUGUAGUAAGAGAAACUUCUUACAACGAGGUUUCGUAGAAUAACCACCGCUCUAAAAAAAAAAAUUAUUUAAGGAUUAGAUUUACUUGAUACCAAAUUUAGAAAUUAUCGAUCAUGAUUUUGGGAUACUUUUGAUAAGUAACGAAAUAAUUAACAAAUAUAAUUUUUAACCAAAAA